CAAGUAGCGUCGGCUCGUGUUCGAUCCAGCAUGGCGGACGGAAAGGAAUCCGUUUACUCGAAAUACCGGAGUCCACUGACAAGCCGGUAUGCUAGCAAGGAAAUGGCUUAUUGCUUCUCUGAAGACAAGAAAUUCUCAACAUGGAGGCGACUAUGGCUCUAUCUUGCUAAAGCGGAGAAGGAACUGGGACAAAACAUAUCAGCAGAACAAAUAGCUGAGAUGGAAGCAAACCUGGAAAACAUCGACUAUGACCUUGCUGCUGAAGAAGAGAGGAAGCGUAGACAUGAUGUCAUGGCACACGUGCAUACGUUUGGCGUGUGCUGUCCGAAGGCUGCACCCAUUAUUCAUUUGGGAGCCACAUCUUGUUAUGUUGGAGAUAACACAGAUUUAAUUGUGAUGAGAGAUGCAUUUGACAUCAUUUUGCCAAAGCUUGCAAGAUGUAUUCAAAGGCUAGCCAACUUUGCAGAUGAAUACAAAUCCCUUCCAACACUUGGAUUUACCCAUUAUCAACCUGCACAACUGACAACAGUGGGUAAGCGAGCGUGUCUAUGGAUCUCUGAUCUCCUUAUGGAUUUGAGAAACGUAACCAGGGCAAGAGAUGAUCUCAGGUUUAGAGGGGUAAAGGGGACCACAGGGACACAAGCCAGCUUUCUCAGUCUGUUUGAUGGAGACCAUGGGAAGGUUGAGAAACUUGACGAGUUAGUUACUGACAUGGCAGGAUUCAAGUCGACUUAUAUUGUGACAGGUCAGACAUACAGCCGUAAGGUUGACCUGGAUUGCCUGGCUGCGCUGAGCAGCCUGGGAGCAUCUGUCCACAAGAUUUGUACUGAUAUUAGACUGCUGGCAAACAGAAAGGAAAUUGAGGAACCUUUUGAAAAAGAUCAAAUAGGUUCCAGUGCUAUGCCGUAUAAGAGAAACCCCAUGCGGAGCGAACGCUGCUGCAGCCUCGCCCGCCAUCUCAUGACGCUGGUCAGCGGUGCACAGCAGACAGCCUCGGUUCAGUGGCUUGAGCGAACGCUGGAUGACAGUGCGAACAGACGGAUUAUUCUGGCAGAGGGCUUCCUUACCGCGGAUAUAGUGCUGAGCACGUUACAGAACGUCUUUGAGGGGCUUGUCGUCUACCCGAAGGUAAUAAACCGGCACAUCAUGCAAGAGUUGCCCUUCAUGGCCACAGAAAACGUCAUCAUGGCCAUGGUGAAGGCAGGGGAAAGCCGGCAAGAAUGCCACGAGAAGAUGCGUGUGCUGUCUCAUGAGGCAGGUGCACAAGUCAAGGAGCAUGGAAGGGAUAACGACCUCGUGGCGCGCAUCAAGGCGUGUGGUUACUUUGCUCCCAUACACGACCAUCUGGGGGAUCUGCUUGAUGCAAAGACGUUUAUAGGCCGAGCACCGGAGCAGGUGACCAAAUUCUUGGAAAUAGAGGCAAGACCAGCACUGCAGCCAUUCCACGCGCAGCUUCACGGGAAGUCUGAAAUCGACGUCUGAGUUUUCACUGACCGUUACUAAGGAAACAGAUGACUGCUCUGCUCUAUUGUGACCUAUUAGCGCGUGAGACUGGUGACGAGGUUUAAAUAAUGUGGUUAUAGAGGGCAGGAAUAA